UUGUAGUGUGUGUGUGUGUGUGUGUGUGUGUGUGUGUGUGUGUGUGUGUGUGUGUGUGUGGGGUGUGUGUGUGUGUCAGGAUGAGUGGUGGUAAAAAGAGGAGUGGCUUUCAGAUUACCAGCGUGACCUCAGAGGUGAAUCCGAGUCCAGUAGACCAAUUGUCUCCCAGCGCCGUCCUGCACGUCAUCCAAUCAGAGGCCUCCUUCUGUAGCCCUCAUGGAAGCUCCUCCCAGCCGACCACACCUUCUCAGAAGAGGAAGUACCUUUCCCAUGAUGUCCAGGGGCAGGGGGUGGGGCCUUCUUCCAGGUUCAGGGUGGUGAGACUGGCGGGUGGGGCCAGCAGUGGAGGGCGUGGUGAGUCCUUUCGUCGUGGGCGAUGGACAUGUAUGGAGUUCACAGAGCGGCAGGAAGGGGCGGGAUUCAGGCGGGUGAUGGACAACAUGAGACAUGCCCACUCCCUGGAAUCCCUGGAGAUGAUUGGCCGGGACAGAGAGAGGGGAGGAGCCUACUCUCAAGACACCUCCCAUGUGCUGGCUCAGCCCGUCUUACGCAGCGGCCCGUCUUCACCCACACACCAGGAUCCAAUCAACGUCCGGCUGCUCGACCACAAGGAGCCAAUCAGAACACAGGGCAUGGACUCCACCCCUCCACUUUCACCCUGCCCACGUAACGCCCCGCCCCCUCUGCGGCUGGACGUGGAUGUCUUAGGACGGUCCGUCCUGAGGCUGUCUCACUCUCAGCCAGGCUCUCCGCCUGCCGGACCGUACUAUCCCCCUCUGACCCCCGUUCGGACACCUGCAGCCUUCAGUCUGGACGGAACCAUGUUCGACCUGCCGGGGGAUGCCAAUAGUUCUGGUAACAGUUUGAUCGCCAUCGACAAUAAAAUUGAACAGGCCAUGGACCUGGUGAAAAGUCACCUGAUGCUGGCAGUGAGGGAGGAGGUGGAGCUUCUGAGAGAACAAAUCAGAGAGCUGCAGGAGAGAAACCAGCAGCUGGAGAGAGAGAACCACACACUGAGGGCGCUGACACACAGCAUGCACACACACACACAGUAAAGCACACACACACACACAGUAACACACAUGCUGGGUUAACGUGGACCAUCUUCAGUUUUCCCGUGCUGCAGCCGGUGGUCCGACCAGCUGAUGCUCACGCCGCAGUCCGCUCAUCCUUGUGUCAGUUUACUGUCAGUAAAACUGUAGUACUGAUGUAUUAGUGUAGUACUUCAGCGUGUGGCUGGCUCGGCUGAUGAUAAAGUGUGUUUGUGUGUGUUGUAGAUCACAGUGAGUCUGCUGGUUGGUUUCUCUGUAUCAUUAAAGGUCGUUACCUCACAGUGUGGCACAGCCUGCUGCUGUGAUUCUGUGCUAUAGAAAUAAAACUGAACCGACCAAUCGGUGUGGCUGCUGAGGAGGCGGAGCGCCAGUUUGAUCUCCUGCCUCCACCUUUACAGGCUGGAAGCAGCCAUGAUGGCUCAGGUACCACACCUGCCAGGAAACCAGCACAGGUCGGCUGACUGCAGCAAACACCUGCCAGACCCACUGUGACUGCUGAUCGCACAUGUGCACACGCACACACACACAAAGCAAAGCACACAGACGCGAUAACCCAGAGCACACCUCGCUGACCUUGCCCUGCUCAUCUGACAAUGUGGGUGUGGCCUCACACGAGGACCUGUGUCAACCGCCCAGAUGUUGACUGUGAUGAUGAUGAUGAUGAUAAAAAGUAGAGUCUAAUAAAUUAAUAAAGU